AUGGCUAGCCGUCAGCUGUCUGAGGACGCGUCGGUUAGCCGUCAGCUUUCUGAGGAUGAGUCGGUCAGUCGAGAGGUGUGGGAGCAGGACUUGGGGCCGCGAGGGUUGAAAUUGGAGGUGGUGGUGGCGCGGGUGGUGGGCUCCGAUGGGCACAACUGGCUCAAGUACGGCCAGAAGCAAGUGCAGCGCUCCAACGCCACCAGGUGCUACUACAAGUGCACUCGCGCCAAGACCACCAUCUCAUACGUGCUGUGCUACUACAAGUGCAGUCGCGCCAAGACCAGCCUGCGCUGUCCGGCCAAGAAGACUGUUGACAUCAACUGCCGCAACGGCUCCGACCCGCUCUCCCCCGACGCCAUCCAAGUUGCCUACCGCUGCCGCCUCCACAACCACCCCGCGCCUCCCAUUAGCCGUCCACCCAACCACCCCACAGUCCCCAUUUACGGCCCUACCAAGCGGCCCAAUUACCGCCGUACUUACCGGCCUCUCGACCGGCCCAUGAGCCACCAUAGCAACCUCGCGGUGUCACGCGGUGGAGCUGGUUGCACUGCAGCAUCUAGCGCUGCUCGCCUUGACCAUCUUGCUGCGGCUCUCGAUUGCCCGGACGGUGGUUCCCAUGCAGCUCUCACUUACCCGGACACUCAUUCCCAUGCAGCUCUGGAUUCCCAGGCUGCUUGCUCUGAUGCAGCUCUGAACGCCCCGGGUGCUGAUUUUGGUGGGCCUCUGAAUGCCCUGGGUGCUGAUUUUGGUGGGCCUGUGAAUGCCCUGCCCUCUCCUCCGGGGCUGGCUGGGCCUAUCCCCGUUAGUGGCUGCUCCACUGACCUCAACUAUGCUGUUGCUGUUCACACGCGGAGGUCUACAAUCUAUGAGGAACUGCGGCUUCUGGAUCUCAGAUCUCAAAUGCUAGGAGAAGAUGGCAGCCGUCGAUUUUAUGAUGCGGAGGAGGAUUCGACGGAUGAGAUUUUCUCUUCUCUGGGAGCAAUAUCGCCUACGAAUCAAGGUCUCCAAGAUCUUCAAGAGCUCCAAGAGCUGUCACUGCCUUUCAGUGCCAACCACGUGGGGCUUCUACCAAACUUCUCUGACGCGGGAUUGGUCGAGGAGGAGCAGAUCGCUGGUGGUGUGGUGGUGGGCAAUGGGGAGGGUUUGAAAUUUGAUUUACAUGGUGAUGGGGAGGAAGGGUCGCUGCACGGUUCUCCAGGGACGAGAUUGGCAGCACCGAUGGGGCAUGUGUCGGGUGCUGCUGUGCAGGGUGCUGCUGUGCCGGGUGCUGCUGUGCCGGGUGCUGCUGUGCAGGGUGCUGCUGUGCAGGGUGCUGCUGCUUUGUCUGGCUGCGGUGCUGUAUCCGAUGCUCAUCAUUUUCAGACCCAGAAGGAGCCGUUGACUCAAAAUGCAUCGUUGACUGACGCCUCUCCUUCAGACCACCUUGCAAUGUUCCCAACCACUUCCAACCGCGCUAUGUUUGGCCCAUUGCACCAGCAGCAAGCUAUGUUGAAGCCGUUGAUUCCAGCAGCAGUGGUUGCGUUUCUAGGGGGCGACAGCACCAUCCGGGUUUCAGACUUUGCAGCCGUUGGCGAGCGGAAGGAGCUGCAAUCGUGGCUCGAAGGCUCUCUAACCAUGCGCAGCAAGGUACCCCUAGGCAAGUCCUCACCUCGUCCUCACGUGCAGGUGAAUAACUACGGGCGAAUUAACUCGCCCGGCGAUGACAUCCGCGUAGCCAUGGCGAAGAACGCGAGCAAGGCGGGAAGUCCUACCGCCGCCUCCGGUGCGAGCUGUGACGGGGAAGACGGAGACGAAGCACACGGCGACGACGCCGAGGAGGAUUGGCCGGAGAACGGCCACGAUGACAGCGCUUCGGGCGACGAAUUUGGUAUUGCCGACAUCGAGGAGGACGAAUGGUGGAAUCAGCCGGUCUGGAGCGACGACGAGGUGGAAGAGUGGCAGGCUGGUGAUUCCGACAACGACGGAGGUGAAGAUGCUGGCGGUGACAACGCGGAGGCACAGGAAGAGGCGGUGGAUGCGAAUGAGGCUGCCGACGAGGCGGCGGCGGAACUCGAGACAGAGGCGCCUGCGAAUGCGGACGCGGUGGCGGAGGCGAACAAGGUGGCUGCGGAUGCCGUCUUAUUUGAGGGUGAGGGCGACGACGACGACCCGCGGAGCCUUGGGACAGACGACGACGUUCCGCUACUGAAGCGGAGGCUGCGCCAUCACCUACAUUCCACGACGAAGCGCGCCCGCGUGGUGCUCUGUGACGACGACAGUCCCGGGGAGGAGCGUCGCCCCCUACUCACCGUUGCGGAGAAGGGAAAGGCAAAGGUCGUGGAAGCCCCUGCUAAGUCCCCUGCUAAGGCCCCUGCGAAGGCUCUUGCUCGUGGCCGCACAAGCAACAAGAAGCGCAAGGACGACGGAGACCCUGGAUCCAGCAAGGGUGCGGCAAAGAAAAAAGCGAAGAAGGCGCCGAAUCCUGACGACAUCAUCGUCAACGAGGCGUUGGGCAGCGACGAUGAGUACGCGGCGGUGGCGGGCCCGAUUCCCACGUUCCCUGAGAAGGAGGCGCCGAAGGACCCCAUCCUCCAUAAUCCCAACACCCGCCCACCUUCCCCUCGCCGCAAAGACACUACGAAGAAGCGCCGCGGCUGGACCGCAGGAAUCGUGGUCCAAGCACAGGACAACGGGUGGAUGGACAAGAGCGCUGUGCAGACCUGGCUGUCCAAGGAGGUGCUUCCCCAUCUGAACCCCCAGCGCGGCAAGAGCGGGAGGCGUGCGAUGCUGGUGUUGGACUCCUACCGCGGCCACAUCACCCAGACCAUGCUUCAGUCGUACCGCACGCACAGCAUCACCCCUGCAGUCAUUCCAGCGGGUUGUACGAGCCAGAUUCAACCCCUGGACGUCUCCAUCAACCGGUGCUUCAAGGCUGCCGUGCGAGCGCGCUACGCCAGGUGGUUCAUGCGUGAAGGGAUUCACCUGAAGACGAAGAAGGGGAACCUGCGGAGGCCUCUGCACCCCGUGGUGCUGCAGUGGAUCGCGGAGGCUUGGGAUCAAGUCCCCAGGCAGAUCAUCAUCGACGCGUUCCGCCACUGUGGGAUCUCCAGCAAGCUGGACGGAACGGAGAACCACCUGGUGAUGUCUCACCUGCGCGCCAGGAGCACCACCGAUGUCUCCGAGGACAUGUCCCUCAGGGGGACCACAGGCGACAACACGCGCCUGCUUCGGAAGCCUCCAGAGGAGGAGGAGGAGGAGGAGGAGGAGGAGGAGGAGGAGGAGGAGGAGGAGGAGGAGGAGGAGGAGGAGGAGGAGGAGGAGGAGGAGGAGGAGGAGGCGAUGCAGGCGGAGGGCGUGCGGGAGGUGGCCAUGGCAACUGGCCUGGAGGUGCUGUACCAGGAGACCCCCAACUACCGCGGAGCGGCAGCCGAGGCUGACCGCAUGAUCGAGCCGAGGGAGACGGCUAGGCAUGCCUGGCGAGUGCCAGACCUGGGCGUAGAGCCUGUUGCUAGUGCUGCAGAGGAGGCGGUUACUGAGGGGGGGACGCUGCUAGCGACCAUAAGCGGGCCAGGGUCGCCGUUGAAACUUCCUUCAUCGGCGGAAGUAACGCAGACGCGUGAGCACGGUGAGACGACACGGCGAGAUCACGCGGAACAGGAAGAGGACGCGGCGGAGCAAACUGAGCCCACGGCGGCCCGCCACCAGCACCUACGAAGCCCAUCCCCAUCGGCAGCGGCCGCUCUGAACGCGCCGGGGAUCCAAAGGGAUUGUGGGGCAGGAGCGCGGAGAGAGGGACGACGGGAGCAGCGCGAGGAGCUGAUGGUGACGCCGACCCCGCACGCGAGCGACGAAGCUCCUUCUCCACGUCAUCAAGCCUAUCCAGAAGACGGCGCUCCAUUGCGGACGGCGCUGGACGCGCUUUUCCGCCGCGACUGUCACCCCCCCGUCGCCCACGACCCGCACGCCCACUUGCGCUCGAGCGCACAGGCGACUGCGGGCGAGAUGGGCCCUGCUGACGCUGGCGGCCAGGAAAACAGUCCCCGCGACGAGGGGAGUAGAUCCGUUGGCGCUUUGCAGGAGGGGGCGAACGCAGAGCUGGGGGGCGACGCCCAAACGUCUGGCAGGCAGACGACCGCUGGCGAGAUGAACGGUGAGGGGGCGAACGAUGACGAUGCGAACGACGGUCACGGGAUCGGCUUCGCGACGCCACGCGACGAGGCGAACGAGGCGACAGCGGCGAACGAGCCGCACCGUGACGAUCAUCACGGCGGCUCUCCCGCUUAUCGUCGCGAGCUGCCGAUGCGCGACGGUGAGUUGAACGCUCCUGAUGCGCCACAGCCUCUGCGCCAAAGCGCAAGACAGACCCCGCGCGCGGGGGCUCCCGCGGUGACAAGGACCUGCCCGCGCGCGGAGCCAACUCGCGCCGCUGGUCCUCGAAGCGGCAGCGGAUCUGAUCAGCGGACGCCGGCGGAGCAACAGGCACGCUCGCGGCAGGGCGUGCAGGAGGAAGCGGACGGGGAGCAGGAUCGCUCUCCGCGGUGCUGUCGCGGCCAAGAGCGCCAAGGAAAUCCAUUGGCCAACGCUCAAGACGCUCCACUGGCACACGAGGAGCCGACAACGCCGAUCUCCCAGGCGCAACAGGCGGAUCCUGUGGCAGCUACCCCGCGGAGCGGACGGGGAAGCACGCGGGGGAGAGGCGGGCGACGAGGAGCGCGCGGAGGGCAGAGGAGCGCAGGCCAAGCGGGAAGGGGACCGCCCUGCCAGUUGCCGAGCCCAAUCUGGUUGGGGGAGCCGGCGGAACGAGUCACGCGCCAGUCAUUUGCCAGGCGGGGGGCGAGGGGAGGAACAGCAGCGCAAGCGAGGAGAAACAGGGAUAUCAACACAGAGAAGAGUGGAUACGAUUAUAUACCGUCAGAUAUGAGGCAACCAGACGAUCCCGCCUCACCUCACGCGGAACAAGGAGAGGGGCAAGCGCAGCAACAGGAGAGAGGAACCGGCCGCAUACAGCAUCGCAGGGCUCACCUUCCCCCGGACCAGGCACUAUCGGCGUCCCAGCUGGCCUCGCGGGAGGAUCUUUUCCAGAUCGCGAUGACUUGGGACCUUACAUUCCUAACCUCCACCACCCACCUACCAAUCGUCCGCCGACUGCCGCCGUAG